CUAGCGCAGCCUGACCCCCUCCUAGCGCAGCCUGACCCCCUCCUAGCGCAGCCUGACCCCCUCCUAGCGCAGCCUGACCCCCUCCUAGCGCAGCCUGACCACCUCCUAGCGCAGCCUGACCCCCUCCUAGUGCAGCCUGACCCCCUCCUAGUGCAGCCUGACCCCCUCCUAGUGACUCCCAGCUCCUAUGGAGAUCAGGCUAACCAGCAACACACAAAGCAAAGCAAACCACCAGCUGCCUUGGCCAUGGAUGUAGAGGGUAAAGCCUUUACUCUUGAUGUCCAUCCACCUUCUCCCAGACCCCAGUGGCCACCAGGCCCCCACACAGUCCAGGGGCCCAACACAGUUCGGUGGCUCCACACUGUCCAGGAGCCCCAGUACGACCAGGGGCCCCAAUCCCAUAGAGAGCAGGACCAGUGGCUCAGAGCAGUUCAGACAGCCCAACAGUCAAAGACAAAGGUGGCCGGUCCUGUGGCGAAGGAGAGAGAGCAGAGACUGACUGAAACGAUGUGCAGGCUCCAGCAGCAGCUGUGUCAGGACCAGAGACCGGUCCAGAGCCCUUACAUCUGUUCUCCCUUCUCCUCAUUGGGGGAGGCUGUGACACAACUGUUACCAUACCACACCUGUGCCGGACACCUGCCUAGUCAGGACGACUUCAACUUAGUGGACAAGCAGUUUGACACUGUGUCAGGGUUCCUAUUGAAACGCACCAAGGACAUGCUCAACAAAUACAGACAGCUACUGCUCGGGGAGGCACUGCAAGUGAUGCCGUCGGCAGAGAUGGUGAUGCUGGAUCGUCUGUUCCUCCAAUCAGAGAGGUUUUCCCUGGGGGAGGACCGACACAGGGCCCGUAGAGACCCAGAGUCCUUCCUGAUGACCCUGCAUGCAUCUGAGUCCUCCAGCUCCGCGUCAUCCCGUGUGGGGCUGGAUCGGUCUGGCAGCCUCCCCUCCUCCCCAGCUUGGACCAGACUCUCCGACCGACCCCCGGGACUCAGGACCUACCACUCCACCAGCCGCGGAGGCCUUAGGCUCACCAUCAAACACAAGGCUGGAUCCAGGAUGGUGGUUCACAACUCAGCCUGUGACACCGUGCAUGAUACUGCCCCCUCUGGUCAAAAGCGGUACUACACCGGCCAACUGAUCAAUGGGAGUGUUGAUCUGACUGAGCAGGGCUCCUCCCAUAGGACCUCCUACCAUCCAAUCGAUGAGGAGAUGUCGAACGGAGCCCUGCCCUCCAAAGUAGUAGAGGACAUCCCACAUGGUCACCAUAGUGACAGCAGGGAAUCUGUUGCACAGAUUCAGACAGCAGCACAGGGUUCACAAAAUAUAAGUUCCCCAAACUCCCUUACUAUGCCGAGCUUAGACCCACAGACUGCCUGUCUAGAGCCUCCCCCUUCAGACCCUGGAGAGAUGAGUACCCCCAAACUGAAACGCUUCAGGCUCACGCUUCCGGACCUCCCAUUCCAGGCGGACAGGCACAGCGACAGGCCCCAGCCUUUUCCACAGACCAGCUACAGGCCCCCGCCUUUUCCACAGACCAGCUACAGGCCCCAGCCUUUCCCCCAGACCAGCUACAGGCCCCCGCCUUUUCCACAGACCAGCGACAGACCCCAGCCUCUUCCCCAGACCAGCUAUAGGCCCCUGCCUCUUUCCCAGACCAGCUAUAGGCCCCUGCCUCUUUCCCAGACCAGCUAUAGGCCCCAGUCUCUUUCCCAGACCAGAGACAGACACCAGCCUCUUUCCCAAACUAGCUACAGGCCCCAGUCUCUUUCCCAGACCAGCAAUAGACCCCAGUCUCUUCCCCAGACCAGCGACAGGCCCCAGUCUCUUUCCCAGACCAGCGACAUGCCCCAGCCUCUUCCCCAGGCCAGCUACAGACCCCAGCCUCUUCCCCAGACCAGCGACAGACCCCAGUCUCUUCCCCAGACCAGCGACAGACCCCAGUCUCUUCCCCAGACCAGCGACAGACCCCAGUCUCUUCCCCAGACCAGCGACAGACCCCAGUCUCUUCCCCAGACCAGCGACAGACCCCAGUCUCUUCCCCAGACCAGCGACAGACCCCAGUCUCUUCCCCAGACCAGCGACAGACCCCAGUCUCUUCCCCAGACCAGCGACAGACCCCAGUCUCUUCCCCAGACCAGCGACAGACCCCAGUCUCUUCCCCAGACCAGCGACAGACCCCAGCCUCUUCCCCAGAUCAGCGACAGGCCCCAGCCUCUUCCCCAGAUCAGCGACAGGCCCCAGCCUCUUCCCCAGAUCAGCGACAGGCCCCAGCCUCUUCCCCAGACCAGCUACAGGCCCGAGGCUAGUCCUAGCCCCCAACCCCCCCUGCCAGAGGACAACACCCUCAGUGAACACCUGCAGAGUGCCAUCGACAGCAUCCUGGAGCUGCAGCGCCUGCAGGGUCCUACGGCUGCAGCCCAGCCCCGGAUCCAGGGGGCGUGCCCGGUUGCAGGCCCCGCCUCCCUACUGGACCAGGCCAUCACUAGCAUCCUACAAGGAAACCUCUAGAGACUCCUGAGAUGAGGGACACCUGGAAAAAAGGGGUGAAGAACUCAGCCUGUUUCAAAACGUCCGGUCCGCUUUAACCAAGCGAGGAGAACGAGGGAUAAAGACUAGGCACCACAAAAAUAAAAAAAUAAAAACAGGAAAUGCAGAGAAAUGUACACCCAAGCAUUAUCUUCUAGAUACUUCAUUUGAGGUACAUGUGAGAUUAAAUCAAAUUCAGUAGGCGAUAUACCGUGUCAGUGGUAGUUUGAGGAUCACGACGCCAGGUGUAUCAUAUUUAUAAAUAACAGUGAGAAACGGAGAGACGGGAGAACAGCAGGCUGAGAUUAUUCAUUUAAUACUUUGUUUAAAAAAAUAUAUAUGUUCUUCAAAUGUGAAUUAUUAUUUUUGCUUUAUAUAACUAAGAAUAUCCUAUAGUGGAUUAUUUCAAUAAUCUGUGCCAACUGUGUAAAAUGUGAUUAUUGGGUUGAUUAAGAGCAGGAAGGUUGUCUUUAUGUGAAUCUCUGUGCCUGGGUGUCGGGGGUAGAUGGUGAGUUUGAGUGAGUCAGUGUUUUUAUUGUGAAUGACCUGAUGAUUCUUUCUUCAACAUAACGAUUUAACCCCAAAGAGACGUAUUGUUCAUCUGGGGUGUAUUCACUACGAACAAGCAGAAACAAGACAGGGGGCGAAACAGGGAAGCACCUACCUGACUUUUGCCCAAUAGAAUCUCUUUUUUCGGUGAGCAAAAUGUUUUCUGUUGCAAAAAAAAAAAAAAAAUUUUUGUUGCGGUGUGCACUAAUGAAUACACCCCUGAAUACACCAGCAAAUGUCAGCAUAUCCCAUACAUUCACAAGAGCCUGUCAAGAGUCACAGCGAAAAGAGAAAAGAUUUUGACGCAAGGUGUCAAGGAUACAGUCCUGCUUUUCGGGGAGAGAAAAAAAUGGACGUUUCUUUUAUUUUUUUUUAGGGGGGGGGCGGUUAAAAGACGAGAACAGAUCCAAAACUUCUUAACAAGCAAGCAAUAAGAGGAGAGGGUUUCUGUGCGAGGGUUCUGUAGUGUAGUGAGAGGUCUCCAAGUACGUCCCAAAUGACACCCUUAUUCCCCAUCGAAACGAGCGUACUAAAUAGGGAAUAGGACGCCAUUUGGCACACACAGUAUACCUGGCCUCCUAACACACCACAUUACUAGCCCAGCCCCAGAGACUGGAGCUCACCUGUAUCUUCUACCAGCCUUGGACCAAAAACUAGGAGAAUCAUCAGCUUUAUACAGUUGAAGUCGGAAGUUUACAUACACCUCAGCUAAAUACAUUUAAAAACUAUGUUUUUCACAAUUCCUGAUAUUUAAUCCUAGUCAGAAUUCCCCUUUUUAGGUCCGUUUGGAACACCACUUUAUUUUAAGAAUGUGAAAUGUCAGAAUAAUAGUAGAGAGAAUGAUUUAUUUCAGCUUUUAUUUCCUUCAUCACAUUCCCAGUGGGUCAGAAGCUUACGUACACUUAAUUAGUAUUUGGUAGCAUUGCCUUUAAAUUGUUUAACUUGGGUCAAACAUUUCGGGUAGCCUUCCACAAGCUUCCCACAAUAAGUUGGGUGAAUUUUGGCCCAUUCCUCCUGACAGAGCUGGUGUAACUGAGUCAGGUUUGUAGGCCUCCUUGCUCGCACACACUUUUUCAGUUCUGCCCACAAAUUUUCUAUAGGAUUGAGGUCAGGGCUUUGUGAUGGCCUCUCCAAUACCUUGACUUUGUUGUCAUUAAGCCAUUUUGCCACAACUUUGGAAGUAUGCUUGGGGUCAUUGUCCAUUUGGAAGACACAUGUGCGACCAAGCUUUAACUUCCUGACUGAGGUCUUGAGAUGUUGCUUCAAUAUAUCCACAUAAUUUUCCUACCCCAUGAUGCUGUCUAUUUUGUGAAGUGCACCAGACUGUCCUGCAGCAAAGCACCCCCACAACAUGAUGCUGCCACCCCCGUGCUUCACGGUUGAGAUGGUGUUUUUCGGGCUUGCAAGCCUCCCCCUUUUCCUCCAAACAUAACGAUGGUCAUUAUGGCCAAACAGUUCUAUUUUUGUUUCAUCAGACCAGAGGACAUUUCUGCAAAAACUACAAUAUUUGUCCCCAUGUGCAGUCGCAAACCAUAGUCUGUUUUUUUAAUGGGGGUUUUGGAGCAGUGGCUUCUUCCUUACUGAGUGGCCUUUCAGGUUGUUGAUAUAGGACUCGUUUUUACUGUGGCUAUAGAUAAUUUUGUAUCUUCACAAGGUCCUUUGCUGUUGUUCUGGAAUUGAUUUACACUUUUCGCACCAAACGCGUCUCCUGCCUGAGCGGUAUGACAGCUGCGUGGUCCCAUGGUGUUUAUACUUGCGUACUAUUGUUUGUACAGAUGAACGUGGUACAUUCAGGCGUUUGGAAAUUGCUCCCAAGGAUGAACCAGACUUGUGGAGGUCUACAAUUUUUUUCCUGAGGUCUUGGCUGAUUUCUUUUGAUUUUCCCAUGAUGUCAAGC